AUGGAUGUCAGCUGCAAUGUGUCGACCCUGGAGAGUCAGACACAGAUCGAGUCCAGCCUCUACCACCUGAUUGAGAUGGUCAUCAUGUGUGUGAGCUGCAGCUUGAACACCAUGCUCAGUCUUCCUUUGAUCUGGGUCAUCACACGCUCGCCGUCCCUCCUCAGACACACUUGCUUCCUGCUCCUCGCACAUCUCCUGCUGUGCGACAGCCUCCAACAGCUCCUCUGGACGAUCAAAGCGGUUCUGAUGAGAUCCAGAGAAGAGAUGUCAGUGACCCAGUGUCUGAUCUUCUCUGCGGCCUACCAGGCCUUCUCAUUGGUGGACUUCUUGCUGAGCACUGCCAUGGCUGUGGACCGAUUUGUCGCUGUCAAGUGGCCUCUGCGCUAUGAAUUGCUGAUCCGUACUCGGAGGAAGCGAGCAGCUGUUACAGCCAUAUGGACCAUAUCGUUUGUGGUCAUCGCUGUGGCUUUGGGUAUCAGCCUCAGCAACAUCCAGGUGAAUUUUUCCUUUCAGCGCUGUCGCCCUCUCAUCCUCAUGCCCUGCCUGUCAGAGAUGUCUGCCGCCCUGCUCUACUGCACCUUGGGCAGUGCUGUGGUGCUGCCUCUCUGCUCCCUGACCAUCCUGGCAUGCUUCUGCCUGCUCUGCAGGGACAUGCACGCCGGGCUGCUCUGCUCCAAGAGAGCAUGGGUGACGCUGACCCUCCAGGCUUUUCAGACUCUUUUCUUUUCAGGUCCUGUGAUCAUGGAAGGCUUCCUGAUCCCUGGACACCUGCACAGUGAUGCUGUGGAUAUAGCAGCAACCAUCACCUACAACCUGGGGGUGUCACUCAUCCCUCUGGUCUACGGGUAUCGCUCACGGGAGCUGCAGCAGCGGAUACGACAGGCUGCACACAUGUGCAAAGUCCCAACUUAA